UUUCAUUAUUAUCACAGUACUCUAUGAGCGACUCCAAUGUCUGUAUAUAUUUUGCCAGUCUCAAGGGACAUUACUCUUAGAAUUUGCCUCCAAUUCCGUCCUAAAUCAAGAUGCCAGACCCCUCGAAGCGUAUCGUCAUAGAGAAAUCGCGAACCGUCCGCCGCCGAUAUCAACGCAGCAACAAACGUCUCAAGUUCACAGCAUCCCAGAUCGCACGCAUAGAACGAGAAGAAGAGCGAGAACGCCAAGCUCAGAAGCUUCGGGAGAAGGAGAAGAAACGCAUCGCCAACAAGAAAAAGAAGGUUGAGAAAGAAGCGAAGGCUCGCGAAGAACGACGGCGACUCGGAAUACCUGAUAUUAAUGCACCAAGAGUCCCAUCAAGUCAGCCAUCACUUGUCAACUUUCUUAAGAAACCACCCCAAGCCCCUACUGAGCAAGAGGCGACAUUUGACGACACGGAGCCUGACACUAUAAGCACGGAAGCUGAUACCUGUGAAGAAUCGCGCUCGGAGAAUGAUGAAUCAGGCGAUACUGAAGCUUUCAGUCCUGAAAUCAGUAUUGAGGAUGUGGAUGGAGCUUUGGAAUCGAACAUUGUUGCUUGUGGAAAGAAAGAUGAUGACGAAUUUUCCGACUGCUCUAUCUUUUAUGACGAGGACAUUAUCGGGGGAGCUGAAACAAUUGCAACCGUACAGGUAACUACCCAGGUGCAACCAGAAGCAAAGAAGCAAGAAUGCGAGCUAGCUCAAUUAGCUCUAUCGGCUCCAACCGGUCUACCAGCGGCUGAAUCCUUCCGAGAUGAUACAGCUAUCUUACUGGAAGAAUUUGGAUGUGAAUUCGACACUGACGAGGAAUUUGAACGGGAAUUGGCCCAGCUAGACGCAGGAUGAUCGUAAAAGCUCAUCUGUUGCACACAGCUGUAUGCGUUAUAUGAGUAUACUAAGGACUCUAUCCUCUUCUACAGCAAUUUUUAUACGGAGUCCUGUGGACUCUUCAUUUCUGAAUCCGGCCCGAUUUAGCGCCGCUCAUUGCUGCAUGAGCGACUAGGAGUGUCGAGUGAGCAGUGUCAAUACGCAGCUGAGCAAGAGUGGAGUAACCCAGAGCAGCCCUGGAGUGAUGCAGGCACAAUGCUUUGAUCCACCUGAGUGCUCCUGAAGCUAGCAAUACCUAACUAGAGCUCUGCCCAUAUGCCUGGCAUGCACUCUAUGAGUAACCAACAGAGCCUGUGAUAAUCCACCUAUGGCUCCUUAUGUGACUUGAAGCCCUACUGUCAAGACCCGUACAGCCAGACACUACCAGGGAUCCACAUACAGUCGU